AUGAAGUUCUGGAAGUUCUCCACUACGGCUGUUGCCGCCCUCCUUGCCUCCGUCUCAGUGGUUUCUGCUGGUGGUCCAGCCGACGGAGAGGCUGCUGCUGAUCCAAACUCUGCCGUUGUCAAGUUGACCGAGAAGGAGUUCAAGGGUUUCCUCGAAGAGAACCCAUUGGUCUUAACCGAGUUCUUCGCUCCAUGGUGUGGUUACUGUAAGAUCUUGGGUCCGGAAUUUUCCAAGGCCGCUGACAUCUUGAACGAAUCAUACCCAAACAUCAAGUUGGCUCAGGUUGACUGUACCGAGCAGGAGGAAUUGUGCCACAAGCAUGAGAUCAGAGGUUACCCAACCAUGAAGGUCAUGAGAGGCCCAUUCCAGCAGCCAGACGACUACGACGGUCCUCGUGACGCUGAUGGUAUUGUCAACUACAUGGUCAAGCAGUCUCUUCCUCCAGUCCGUUUGGUUGAGGACGCUGAUGACUUCGUCGCCUCUGCCAAGUCUGAGAACCAGCCAUUCAUGGUCCAGGUUUUUCCAUCUAACUUGCACAAGAAGUUCCAGUCUCACAACGAAACCUUCGGUGAUUUGGCCAACGAGAAGAGAAAGUCCAUGUCUUUCUUCUCUAUCGAGAAUGACGCUGAGAUUACUAAGCUUGAUAAGGCUGUCAGCGCCAAGUUGUCUGGCUUGAAGGAGCCAGCUUACUUGGUUAUCCACCCAGACCAGUUGGAUGACGUCAGAGUGUUCUCCGGUUCCGUGGACCACGACUCCUUGGCUGACUUCUCCGACAACGCCAAGGUUCCAUACUUCGGUGACAUCAACAGAGACACAUACUUGACCUACAUGUCAUCAUCCUUGCCAUUGGGUUACUACUUCUACUCUCACAUUGACCAGAGAGCCGAGGUUGACAAGUUCUUCAAUGAGUUGGGUAAGAAGUACGUUGGCAAGAUCAACUUUGUUGGCUUGGAUGCUUCCCAGUACGGCCGUCACGCCGAGAUCUUGAACAUGAACCCAGAAAUUGUUCCAUUGUUCGCCAUCCAGGACAACACCAACAGCAGAAAGUAUGGUAUCGACCAGACCGAGCACCCUAAUGGUCCAUCUACCGAUGACAUCGAGAAGUUUGUCGAGGAGUUCUUGGCUGGUAACGUGAAGCCAAUCAUCAAGUCUGAGCCUUUGCCAACCGAGGAGGAGGUCGCUAGCCAGGCUGUUGUCAAGUUGGUUUCCCACAACUACGACGACAUUCUCAAGGACACUUCUAAGGAUGUCUUUGUUAAGUACUACGCUCCAUGGUGUGGUCACUGUAAGAAGUUGGCUCCAAUCUGGGAAGAGUUGGCUGAGAUCUACGGCUCCAAGAACGAGGAUUCUCAAGUCGUCAUUGCCCAUGUUGACCACACUUUGAACGACGUUGACACUCCUAUUCCAAUUGAGGGUUACCCAACUCUUAUUUUCUACCCAGCUAACGGAAAGGUUGACUCUAAGACUGGUAUCAGAGAGCACCACCUUUUCACAGACUCUAGAGACUUGGAGAGCUUGAUGGCUUACAUCAAGAAGAAGGGUUUGGGUGUCGACGGUGAGAAGUUGAAGGCUGAAAAACAAAUUGUCGAGGAGGAAGAUGAAGAGGAAGUUGAGGGCGCUGAGGAGAAGCCUGAGCACGACGAAUUGUAA